AUGAACCGCCUUCAGAACAUCAGGCGCCUCCAGCCACCCCAGGGUCCCCCAAAGUGGGUCCCCAUUCUGGGGGAGCUGCAGAAGACCCUCCAGAAGGGCGAGUACUUGCCCCUCCGCCCGCUGCCCAUGUUCGAGAGUAACUUUGUCCAGGUGACAAAUCGCGGGGGGCCCGUGUAUGUGCAUCACGGAAUCAACCGGCUGACCAUGGGUGUGGCCGCCUCCCUGCCAGGCCUGAUGCUGCCAGACAUCUUGCUGAUCGCCCAGCCCCCCGAGGGCAGGGAGGGUGCAGGCCUCGUCCUGACCAGGAUGAUCCCGCUGGACCUCGUCCACCUCUAUGUCCACGACCUUUUCACCUGGCGCCUGAAGCUGCGCCUGGUCACCGGCCGCUACUACUACCUGGAGCUGGAGGCCCCCGACAGCGAGGUGGGCUUCCUGUUUGACCGUUGGAUCCGCCUCAUCAACCUGCUUCGGGAGCCUGCAACCACCUGGGCCCCCAGGGCCAUGCACACACCCCGCCUGGAUGUGCCCCUGGCCGAACCGCCUGCCUCCACCUGGCACCUCCAGGUGGGACCCUAACUCCACAGACCCCCAGGGCAGCACCCAGUCACGGUUGCCCAGCCUUCCUUUCCUUAUAAGAUGCUGGCAGCUCACAGACAAAAGAAGGCCGCGGCCCCCAAGCGCAGAUUCAGGUGUCAGGCCGUGGGUGACUCUGUGCCACUCAUCUGCUCGCAGCUGGAACAUGCUGACGUUGGGAAGAAAUCCAAAGAAAAGAAGUCCCACCCAGACACCUGCCCGGAUAGCUCUUACACCCAAAUCCACGCUUCUGAGAAGGCCAGCGUCACCAUCCGGACCAUCUUCAGCAUUGUCUCCAGCACCGCCAACCAGACGCGGUCCUCUGCAAAGGCUGGCACAUCUGACUCGGGUGAGGCCACAGGCCAGAGACGUUUGCUUGAGACCCCUUCACACUGUAUCACGGAGGACAGCCCUGAUUUCUUCUUUCCGUGCUCCUACGAUCACUUGGACCCGUACCUGUGGCGGUACCACAUCCAAGAUCUCAUGGACCUUGAAUCCAGCACUUUGUCCUCCACCUCCUUCAGCGUGGCUCCCUACCCUCCCCCUGCAUACCUGUCCGCACCCUACUCCUCCUUUCCCAGAGCCAGCGAAAAGCCUAGGCCUACAGGCUCCCCACAGGGGCGGGGGCCACCCCCCUCCCAGAGGGCCCCAUGUGUCCCUGUCCAAUCUUGCAAGGCCCCAUUCAUUGUUGACCAGUCUCAGAAGAUCCCGGCUGUACCUGCUCCAUCCCGGAAGGCCCCAGCGCUCCGUGCUCCACCCCAGGAAGCCCUUGAAUCCAGCACUUGGAAAGCCCUGGCCGUACCUGGGCCAUCCCAGAAGGCCUUCACCAUGCCUGGUCCAAUCCGGAAGGCCCCACGUGUAUCAGCUGUCCCUUGGAACCCCCCAGCCAUACCUGCUCCAUCUCGGAGGGCCCCACCUGUAUCAGCUGUUCCUCGGAAGGCCCCAUCCGCACCUGCUAUUUCCCAGAAGGCUGUGUCUCUAUUUCUCCCUGGCGACUCCCAGAAGGCUCCGACCUCACCUACCCAACAUCAGAUGGCACGUGGCUCGUCCACCUCAUGGGGUAACGCCCCUGCCAAUUUUGACCUGUUGCCAACAGGACUUCCUGAUAGGGACACGCUCCAGAGAAGCAAGACUGAAGGGAAGCCAGAGCCAGCAGUGAUGGUGGGCACCAAGCAGACAGAUGUGGUGGAGAUGAGGACCCAGACGAAGUCCCUGGAGUUGCCCUUCACCACGACCAAAAAGGAGUCUGAGGACAUCAUGAUCAGCAAAACCCGGGAGAUGACCCUGGAGGGCUUGAGGGGCUGGGGGAAGUCAGAGGACAGGAUGUGCCGGGCGAAGGAGGAGAUGUCCCUGGACCUGCCUGGCGGGAGGUCCAAGGAGGUGGUACAGCAGAGGAGGUGGGUCAAGACGCAGGAGCUGGCCAUCGAGGGCCCUCCCGAGGAGCACAGCAGACCCUUCUCGGUGGAGGGGCUCGCUCUUGCCAAAAUGAUGAUCAUGGCCAACUCCAAGGAGAAGCGCUUGAGAGCCGCUUUGGUCUCACUUCCCUCCUGGCUCUCGGUGACCUCCCACACCUCUGCCACGCCUACAAUGGGCUCAACGCCCUUCAGCUCCAACCGGCUGGAGGGGCCGCCGGUGAUGGUGACGGAGUGGCCAGAGUCACACACCUGGAUGAAAGAGAACAAACAGCAAUGGACAGAGAUGAAGGAGCCACCCUGGGACAGAGCGAGGCCUUCCAAGGUACCCCUCCACUCUAAGGCCACCUCUGGCAGUCCGAAGAUGGAAAGUAUCUCCCAGGUGCCCAUCCCCCUGCCCGCCUCUCGGUGGGAGGACUUACCACCAUCACCCCUCGUGGAGACCCCCAUCUCAAGGAUGGAGGCCACCGCCAGGGUGCUCCAGCAGCCCACGAGGACAUCUCAAGAGCCCAUGACGGUGCCAAACCAGCGCCCCCUGGCCAUGGUGGGGUCAUUCUCGAAGAUUAUCUUGCCCACGCUAGUAGAAAUUGAGAAUACGAGGGACACAGCCAUCCAGGUAGAGAAGAUAAAGGAGGAAUCCCCCAUCUUCAAUCCUCCACCCAGGACAGCCCCCACCGCAGCACAGGUGGUCUAG